AGGACGAUGUUUUUCAACUUUUGUGUACAAACUACAAAAUUGUAAAAAUUUUGAUUUACAUACUGUCCAGAUGCAGUUUUUAUGCAUAUUAUUUAGCCGAUACUUAGUACAAUUUGUAGGAAAAGUUUCAAGAUAACAAAAUGACUCUUUUAGAAGAUACGCUUAUUAUUUUGAUUUCGCAGACGGUGUUUUUUGUCGGAGGAUGGAUAUUCUUCGUGAAACAACUCUUCCGUGACUAUGAAGUACAUCACACAUUAGUCCAGCUCAUAUUCUCUGUUACAUUUGCAUUGAGUUGUACAAUGUUUGAGCUUAUUAUAUUUGAAAUUAUUGGAUACUUGGAUUCAAGCUCAAGGUACUUUCAUUGGAACCUGGGUCUUUACUCACUACUAUUUAUGGUCAUAGCACUGAUACCAUUUUAUAUAGCAUACUUUUGUAUCAGUAAUAUAAGAGUUGUGUCAAAAAACAUGAUAAGGCCUCUGACAACAUUCGUCUGGUUUAUAUAUCUGUACUUCUUCUGGAAAAUCGGAGAUCCUUUCCCAAUAUUAAGUCCAAAACAAGGUAUAUUCUCAAUAGAGCAGGGUGUGUCAAGAAUAGGUGUGAUAGGAGUCACAGUAAUGGCACUGCUAUCUGGCUUCGGAGCUGUCAACUACCCAUACACUUCGAUGGCAUAUUUUAUAAGACCUGUAACACAAUCAGACAUGCUGUCCAUAGAGAAGAAACUCCUACAGACUAUGGAUAUGAUUUUAGUGAAGAAGAAAAGGAUAGCGCUAGCCGAGGCGAAUAGUGGGGGAGCGAGAAACCAAUACAUGUUGGACUGCGGAGUGAAGAAUAGAGGGUUCUGGACUAAUAUACUGUCCAGUGUUGGGAGUAUAGCCAAUCCUUUGGGUCAUGGGACUGAAAAUAUAACCCAACUAAAGCAGGAGAUAGCCGCGUUAGAAGAAUUAAGCAGACAAUUGUUCCUAGAGGCCCACGACGCUAGGACCAUGAGAGAGAAGAUAGAAUGGUCCAAGACGUUCCAAGGGAAAUAUUUCAACUUCCUCGGUUAUUUCUUCUCUCUUUACUGCAUAUGGAAGAUUUUUAUUUCAACAAUCAACAUAGUGUUCGACCGUGUUGGCAAAAAGGACCCUGUGACUAAAGGCAUAGAGAUAGUUGUCCAUUGGCUCGGGUGGAAGUUAGAUGUGGCGUUUUGGUCCCAGCAUGUUUCCUUCGCGCUGGUUGGCUGUAUUGUACUGACUAGUACUAGGGGAUUAUUGCUAACACUUACUAAGUUCUUCUACAAGAUAUCAUCGUCGAAAUCUUCAAACGUGAUAGUUUUAAUACUGGCCCAAAUAAUGGGAAUGUAUUUCUGUUCGUCCGUCCUUCUCAUGAGAAUGAACAUGCCACAGGAGUACAGGAUAAUUAUAACACAGGUGCUGGGAGACCUGCAAUUCAACUUCUAUCACCGCUGGUUCGACGUGAUAUUCCUCGUUAGCGCUCUAACUAGCAUCUUCACGUUGUAUCUAGCUCAUAAACAGCCCUCUGUCAACUAGGGGCCGUUCAUAAGUUACGUCAGCUUCUUAACCAGGACUAGGGCUGCCAUCCGGUUCGGUUGUCCUAUUUGUUCUAGUUCAAAGGGCGUCCGGCCAUCAAGAAAGGUUGGCGUUUCCCGUGACAACGAACGAUAUAUUUUUUUGUGGCAUUCCGAUGUCCGAGAAAAAAUAUUUUUCGCCUAAAUGUCUAGGAUUUUUGCCGGCAUCGGUAGUUUGGUAAUGGCAGCCCUAAACAUUUGGUCUUACAACAAAAAACUAAACAUCUAUUGAACAGUUGUUUUAAGACAAUUAUGUACUGAAUUUUUCUCAAAUCAACUGUUUCUACAUGAUUUCUACUGAAGAAUAGACAAAGUGACAGAUUGUUGUAUUUCUAUUUUAUUUUAUUGAAAAAGUCAUUUUGUCCAUAAAAUCUGAAAACGUUUCUAAUUUCUAUUCUUUAAAGUUUAUAUUGUGGCCAUGCAGGACGGGCGCCUAGACCUACAAUAAUUUUGAACAAUAUAACGCAUUGCGCCCUCAAUCUAAUUGUCAAAUAAACUGUUCAAUAAAAUUGAAGCGCGAUAUUGACAAUAAAAUUGCUCGUCUAUGGUGGCCGGUAAGAUCGGUAUUUAUACUAAUUUGAAAGCAUCUAUGCUAGCCUCGCUUAAAGCGCAGAACCAAUUUUAUGUAUGGAUCUCCAUAUAUAAAAACUUGAAGUUCCGGGAAAGGACAAAGUAUACAGUUUUCGCUGAAAAACGUAACAAAUCAACAUCUUAAAAGUUUGUAUUUAUCUUUUGCAAUUGAUCUAAUCUAUU